UUAAACGAGAUCAAAAGAACAUUCAACAUGUAUUCGUUAAUGUUCAAGCAGGAGAAUGCUCAUGAAGACAGUAUUUGGAGCUGUGCAUGGGCAAGAAGUGACCAGGAUUCUUCAGAUAACAUCAUCACUGGCUCAGUUGAUGACCAAGUUAAAGUAUGGACAUGGACUGGUGACAAAUUAGAACUAAGGCAUGAAUUAGAGGGGCACCAGUUGGGAGUGGUGUCUGUAGAUUUGAAUGCUUCUGGUACAAUUGGUGCAUCAAGUAGCUUGGACAGUCAUCUCAAGCUGUGGGAUAUUGAAUCUGGAAAAUUACUUAAAUCUGUAGAUGCUGGGCCAGUGGAUGCCUGGACCAUUUGUUUCUCUCCCGACUCCAAAUACCUUGCCUCAGGUAGUCACACAGGGAAAAUUAACAUAUUUGGUGUAGAAAGUGGGAUCAAAGAAGGGAGCCUGGAUACAAGAGGAAAAUUCACAUUUAGUGUAGCAUAUAGUCCAGAUGGAAAAUUCAUUGCAAGUGGUAGCAUAGAUGGUAUUGUAAAUAUUUUUGAUGUCAAAUCAGGAAAACUUAUUCACACAUUAGAAGGUCAUGCUAUGCCUAUAAGGUCCCUGUGCUUCUCACCAGAUUCUCAACUGUUGGUGACUGCUUCAGAUGACAGUCACAUAAAAAUAUAUGAUGUUCAGCAUGCAAACUUAGCAGGCACAUUAUCAGGGCAUGGAUCUUGGGUUCUUAAUGUAGCAUUUUCUCCGGACAACUGCCACUUUGUCUCAUGUUCAUCAGAUAAGACUGUUAAAGUUUGGGACACAGCUCAAAGGCAGUGUACACACACAUAUUACGACCAUCUAGAACAGGUGUGGUGUGCAAAGUACAACAAUGCUGGAACCAGAAUAGUAUCAGUGUCUGAUGACAAAGCUGUGCACGUCUAUGAAAUCCCCAUGUGAUUACAUAGAACUAGAUGACACCAGACAUUUCAAGAUAAACUGACAUUUGACACCAGACAUAAUCCUAAUGUUAUGAUGGGUCCUCUUCACACACUAUAUAUUUAAU